CAUCUCACCCUGGGGAUUUUACCAUCGAGGCCUCUCGCCAUUACACGUCACAUCCAACCAAACUACUUACCUUUAAGCGCCAUCGGAAAUCACUCGACACAAGACGCCUCGAAUCAUGAUUUUUUUACAAACGAGUAGAAAUUCCCAGUGAUUUUAAUCGUGACGAAUCAGAAUAUCAAGUGAAGUGGGAAGAGUUCGAUAAGAUAAAAACAUUAAAAUCAAAAUUAUCGUGGAAAUUUGAUACAAUACAAAAUCUCUUCUAUUUUUCUUGUUUUCAUUUUUCCUUUUUUUUUCCAAGUGUUCUCCAUGAAUCGAGAGUAACAAUGUUUUGAGGUGGAUUAUUCAGUGCUUGAAGGCAGUCUGGAUCACACAAAGUGAGAGGGGGCACUUUGGUGAUGUACGACAGCACUAGCUGUUCGUACUCGGGGGCGCUCGAUUUGAAGGGAGCGACAGGUACGACUGGAGCAGCAACAGCCUCCGGUGUUUCCAUAUCUGCUGCGGGUGUUAAGCAGGAGAACUGGCCCUAUCGGGGCCUUGCGUGCGGUAGCACAUUUCAGCAGCUUAAACAGAGCGUUGAAAAAGCUAAACAGGCACUCGCUGAUCGGGGUAAUUAUCUGGCUGGGGCUUUCUCACCGCCUCCACGUGCCAAUCCAUCCAAUAUUUCACCGAGUUCUACAGCUUCUAUAACUGAUGCCAGCAGUUCGUACAAAGGAGGCUGGAGCCACGCUACGUCGCCUGCUCCUGGCCAGGGUUACGGGAGCGGUCUUUCAAAAUCCGCCCUGGACACCCACUCACAUCUCAGGCAGCCCGAUCCAUAUCAGAUGUUCGGCGCAACGAGCAGUAGACUCGCAAGCUCUGGAUCUGGACAGAUACAGCUCUGGCAAUUUUUACUGGAAUUACUCUCAGACUCGAGUAAUGCAGCGUGCAUCACGUGGGAGGGAACGAACGGUGAAUUUAAGCUGACAGAUCCCGACGAAGUGGCGCGACGCUGGGGCGAGAGAAAAUCUAAACCCAACAUGAAUUACGAUAAAUUGUCAAGGGCCUUAAGGUACUACUAUGACAAAAAUAUAAUGACAAAGGUGCACGGCAAAAGGUACGCGUACAAAUUCGAUUUUCAAGGUCUUGCUGCAGCAACGCAGCCAGCGGCUGCUGAUCCAGCAGCAUACAAGUAUCAGAGUGAGCUCUUCAUGUCUGGUUAUGGUCAUGCUAAGCUCAAUUUAAUGCCACCCCCAGCAGCAUCGGUAUCGGUGUCAGUUCCGGGUGGACUUUUCCAAUCAGCUUCGAGUUACUGGUCAAGUCCAGGAGCAAAUCUCUACGCAGGACACCACACAGCAUCGGGUCAUGUGCCGCCGCAUCUCGGCACUUAUCCCCACUAUGCAUGACCCACCCCUGAGCAUUGGGGCGCACUGGGGACACCGCGUUGAGCAUUCAUUCGACAAUCCAUCUAGAUAGUCGCCCAUGUUAUGAAAGAAAAAAAAACUGGAAAAAAGUGGAAAUACUGGGAAAAUGUGUUUUGUACCAUUUGACAUUGAUUCUCAUCCAGAAUUUGAACAAUUGUUCAUUAUCAGGGGAAAAAAAACGUGGGAUUUGGAGUCGAAUGCACGGAGACAACUGCUGGGAGUUUAUUAAUCGCUCCCCGUGUCCUCGAGCAGUGCCAUAAUUGAAUCGUGUGCCAUAAAACAUGUUAAACAUAUUCAACACACAAUUUUCAGUCUCUGUUCCCCUCUCACCAAAGACAAUAUCACGAUAAGGCAAAAAAAGUGGAAUGGAAAUGACUCAAAUAAUUAAAGAAGUGUUGAUGGAUCCUCGAGGGAGCAUUUGUAUAUAAAUAAUAAUUAUAACUGCUCCAAAUCAUGGCGGUUUAUUUCCUGUUCUAUUAGACUUGAUUUUAUCGUUCAAAUGAUCAUAAAUAAUUAUUUCACAGAUUAUAAAUAAUGUGUGUAACAUAAACUCUGUACUGAAUGUUCGUGCAUGGCUCUUGUUGUAGGCAGUUUACGAUUUUCUCCGAAGACACGUAAAACUUUCGGGAGAAUAGAAAUAAUGAGGGACAAUAAUGCUCUGCUGUGUAUCCUGAAUUAUCACUGAUUGUACGUUCACAAUUGUAUCACAAGAUCCGGAAUGACAAUCAGAGAUUUCAGGUGGUGUCCUAACUGUCCUCUAGGAGUUUAAUCCACAAUCCCUCGUGGAUAACGAUAAACAAUAAUUGUAUAUAAUGAAUGAGAUGGAUAUGAUUUUAAGUCAACGAUUUGGAUUUUUAUAAAACUGGAGAAAAAAAUUGAGUUAAUUUGAGUCAGUGGAGCAGAAACAAAAAAAAAUCAAUACUCAGUUUAAACUGGUGACGAUUGGAGGAACAUUUGAAUUAUAAAUAAUGCGUGUAUUAUACGAGGUACUUUCAAAUUAAUUGUUAUGUAUUUAUAGUGGAAAAAUUGAAUGGCAGAAGUUGUCGGGGUGAGGCUCGCAAUGUCGUAAGUUGUACAAUUCAUUUGCUCAGCACUCAAUGAAUAUUUGUAUUAUUUGAUGGACGAGGAGAAUCGUAUUAUCUUUAACAUUGUUAUUUUUUUUCUUGAAUAUUUUAUUAUUAUCGUUUCAAUUUGUAAUUACCUAGAUUUUCACAGCAAACGAGCAUACGUUUAUUCUCAAAGAAAAAUUUGAAGCACAAGGCAGAUUUGUAAAUAUAAAAUUCUCUGUCUUGUUCUUUAUCCCCCUCACCCCAUGCAUAAUCCAAAUGAUAAUGAGUAAAUUCAAAAUGGUACCUCUGUCAACAAGCCCUGGACCUAAAUAACGUAAUGUAUCAUAAUAAAUGAAAAUGAUAUUUAAUAUACUAAGAACAUUCAACGGCAUAAGAUCGUAAAAAUAGAACCGUACGACAGAUAGAUAGAGUGUUUUCAUGUGUAGUUUAUGCGAACAUAGGAUGGGCAUCUAGUCUUAAUAGUAAAACCUAAAUGAUGAGAAGCGAAUGAAGUCGUGAUCAACAGCAGAAUUUAAACAAAUGUUAUUUUAAUCAAGAGACAAAAAAUUGGGAGAAUGAAAAACUUCUGAGAAUUUUUAAGAGUGAUUAAAAAAAAAGCUCUUGGGAAAGGGAAACACCGGAGAAAAUCCUCUUUAAAAAAAUGAAAAAAAAAAAAAAAAAAACGUUGUUUUCUGUGUUGUGCGCUUGUAUUAAAGUCGCCAUGUUUCUAAUUAAACGAGCCGACGGGGUUGUAUCAGUCGUCGGCAAAAUCAA